CUGCGCUUGAGCACAACACCCCAAGCUCUGCAGAUCUGCUGCUAGGAGUCAGGGAUGACUUCUUCUUCUUCUUCCACUGCUCUGCCCAGGAUGUGGCUGCUCGGUGACGUCACCCACAGAUGUUUCUCCAAGCCACACCCCCACGUGGGACUGAACCCCAUUCACCCAGUGCAAUAGCUGCGAGUAAAAAGGCACCUCUCAGUGCUGCGGGGCAGCUCGGCAUGUAGCGCCGAUUUUAUACCCUUUAUUUUAUUUUUUAUUUAUGUCUUUGAGGGGGUCUGGCAAGAGCUGUCAAUGUCAGUUUUCCUCCACUCUCCCCAAGACUCCGACGGAUUUAUUUUCCUAUGCAAGUUGGGCGUGAUCUCCAUGGAGCAAGUGCAAUCUGGCGUCAGUUAAUGAGCAGAGGAAAGGCGAAGAACCCAUCAGCUGUUCAUAUGCAAAACGGGAUAGAGUGCAAUUGAGGAGAAGGGAAAAUGUCAUCGGCGGCGGCAGCAGCGUGUGUGGAUCAGUUCGCUGCCGAGUGCCUUGUGUCUAUGUCCAGCCGCGCUAUUGUCCAUACUGCGCCUAUUUGCAGUCCGGCACCUCCUCCUCUGCUGCUGCCGCCGGGGGAAGACCGGAGAGACAACGCGUCUCUGUUUGUGGUGGCCAAGAUUCUGGCUGAUCUCAACCAACAAGCCCCUAAGCCCGGUGACAAUGCAGCAGAGCGCGGUUUAAACCUGACGGCCACUGAUACAGAGACUCCAGCCGGCAAACGUGGAGACAGAGCGGCCACACCUCCCCUCCUACCUGAGCCGAGCCCUAAACAAAGAGCCAGACGGGGGAAAAGCAAAUGUGACCCCGAGUCACCCCUCAAAAAGCACAAGUGCCCCUACUCCGGCUGCGACAAAGUUUAUGGCAAAUCGUCGCACCUGAAAGCGCAUUUGAGGACACACACAGGGGAGAGACCAUUUGAGUGCAGCUGGGAUGAGUGCAACAAGAAAUUUGCCAGGUCGGAUGAACUAGCCCGACACUACCGUACUCACACUGGAGAGAAGAAAUUCAACUGUCCAAUCUGCGAAAAGCGCUUUAUGAGAAGUGAUCACUUAACCAAGCAUGCCCGCCGCCAUGCCAAUUUCCAGCCCAGCAUGCUUAAGGGGCGAGGUGGCAUCAGUUCAAGGAAUGGAUCUGUCAGCGACUACAGCCGUUCUGAUGCAUCUAGUCCAGCCAUUAGCCCAGCAAGCUCUCCUUAAUCUACUUGCACUGGACAUUAGCACUUUGCUUCUGCUAAUGUGGAACACUUGGAUUUUUGGAUUUUCUUUUUUUAUUACAUGCAUUUAAAUUUUUUCCUUGGUAUUUUUUUUAAGUGGAUUGAAGAUUGCUUAUUUUAAACUAACAAUGCAGAAUCAGUUACCUUUAUAAAUCUGAAAUUCUGUAAUUCCUUUAGGUGCAGUUUCUCAAAUUUAUCCUGGCUGCCUUUCUCUUGGAUUUCCAGAAUUUUAUAUAUCAAUCAGUUUUGGAUCUCCAGAAUUCAAUACUUCCAGUUUUCUACCUCCAGAUUACCAUAUUUUACCUAGAUUUUAUCUCUACGUGUCUGGCAAUCUGCAAAUUUUGUACCUCCAGAAUUCCAUCAAAGUAUCUCUUCUGGAUCUCCAGAAUUCUAUUCUUGGCUUCCGUUGAGCCUUCACAGUUCAUGUAUCUUAUCUUGGUGGAUCUCCAGGGUUUCAUUCAAUUCCACAUUUCACUACCAAUCUCCUAACUGUUUUGUCUUGCAUCCAUCUCUCAUUUACAAAUGGCAGUUUUUACUUUAAAGGACAAAGAAAAUCUUAAACUAAUUCACCUCAGGACUCAAAAAAAAAAAAAAAAGUUGCACAAGAAAAGCAUUGAUCUACAGCUUAAAGUUCAGUGUUGAAUUCACCUCUUCUUCAAUAUUCCCCUCUCUCAGGGAUGAAUUCCUAGAUUAUAUAAUGAUGUCACAGCUUUUUCCUGCAGCCUUAUCCUCUUCCUUUACAUUUUUAUUUGUUUGCACUCAAAGGUAUAUUGAGUUCAGGCACACUGGGAAAUGCCAGUACUGGAAAAUGGCGCCCUUUUACUUGGUUUAUUUGCAAAUAGUCUUAUAUAAUUUUAAUGUAUAUAUUAUGCAUACUCAUGUUAAAUUGUAAACAUUUAUAUACGCUACCAGUGAAUCAUUUUGUUGGGUUUUGUGGCAUUUGCAUUAAGUAUCUUAGAUUUUCUUUCCUUUUAAACUGUUCUUUUGUUUUGGCUCAUGGGUUGUACUGUAAACUCUACAAAUGGGAUAAGCAACCACUGGGAGCAUUAUUCCCUUCAGUGUUUAAGGUUACGUGCACAUUCUUUAAUUUAGUUAGGUCAAUAGAAAUCAAUGCCUCCAACCAAGUCAAUUGCAAUACGUGCCUGAGAAAGUAGCACUUGUGUUCCUACAGCAGAGUCACACAAAUGGCAGCUUCUUAUGUACCUCAUACUGCAGGACUGAGAUUUUGGGGGGAACCCAAUUUAGCAAACUGUGCUACUUACUUACCAGUUUAUUUAAAUGUCUCACUUUUUGGUCAGGGCUUGUACACUUUGGGCUUUCUUUCAUCCAUGUAUUUACAGACACUUUGAAAUUUUCUCCCAGGGUUUUUGUGGUUUUGACAACACUGCAUUCAUAUUCCCUACCUUGAUAAAAGUGAUUUUACCUUCCUUCCCCCCCCCUACAGGGAGCAAUGCAAUGCAUGAAUUUACACCACUGUGUACAAGCCUUUAAAAUGGUGCAUUGGUGCAGAUGUGGCCAAGUGCUGGAGCAUUGUUGUUCUGCCUGGAAGCCAUGGGCCAAUUCGUGGUUGGGAAUGGGUGAGGUCAAACGUAUCGAAUGACAGGUUGAUUUCUUUAUUUUCUGGCAGGACAUUAUAGGAUUGUAACAGGAUUAUAACCUGUUGCAGAAUUUUGUAGAUCCCUAUAACGCAUUUACCAAAGAGCAGAAAAAAACAAAACUAUACAAGCACUUUUGCUUCACUUUUGUACAAAUUACCCAAAAAAUUUACUUUAACUGUGGGUCUUUGACCAUGCGACAAUAUCCAUCAACCAGAAACUAGAAUCUAUGGGGUUGACACAAAUUCUUCUGUUGUGUGGCAUGUAAAUGGUUAAAAUUCUCAGUAAAAGAUAUUGACACAGUCACAUUUGAAUUUAAGAAUAUGAUGUUAUGCUACCAUAUUGGCUCCUUUGUUAAACGUAAAUAUCUUCUAGUGAGUGGCAGAAUGCUUGCUUAGUUAAAACAUGUAAACACUAGCAAUCUGGCAUAUUAUUGAUCCAACAGUAAAGCUAUUACAACUGCAUCCUAAAGUAGUUAUUACAAUGUCCCUUUAAUAAAGCAGGAUUCAGUUCUAGAAAUGGGAACAUCAGGUGGGUCAUGCAGCAGAGAACAAUGGACACGUGGCCUAAUGCAGUUUCCAACAAUUGCUCCACAAUUGAGGAACUCUGAGUAUAAUUUAAAAAUGAUGCCUUGCGAAAAAAGUAAACCUGAAUCUGUUAUAAACUACCUGCGCCUGGCUGUAUCUGCAUCACAUGUCACAUGCAUAAAACUAUCAGCUUCACUCAUAUUUGGGUACUGCACUUUGGGCUUUUAUUGUGUUUCUGUAUAUGAAAACAAUCUGCAAUAUGGCUAACAUAGCAGGAUCUAUGGAGCCACACUUUACAUUUUCUGGGUCUUCUCAUCCACCUCAUUGAGUAACUCGCUAAUCAUGAUUGGGGUCUUUCUUUUGGUAAAUAUUAUGACCUGGUCAGGAAAAAGUCAUGGUAAUUGGACAAGAGGGUCUUAAAAAUCACCUACCUGUGAAUUUAGAUCAAGGGAAUUGACCAGAGUUUAAAUGAUUUUUUUCCAGAAUGCUAAAGUAACUAUUAUUCUUUUAAAAAGAUGCCUUGUGUCCCUGGACAUCAUUUUAUAGUCAAAAUGGCAACCACAGGGUAUGAGCAGGGCCUGAUAGGUUCUGUGCUUUUUCAUCUAUAUGAGAGUUUGUACCUCAGCCAUUUUGAGGUACAGAUUGCUUUGGAGAUUACAGACUAGAGGAGGGUUUGUUCAGCCUUUGGCCUUCCGGGACAAAGCAGUUGGGAUCAGCAGUGAGCUGCAGUUCAAAAGCAGCUGGAGGACCUCAGGUUGAACAGCUAUUGAGCAAACAUACAAGCUUAUUGUAGAUAAUUUAACAAUCACAUAUGUACUGUAGACAAACACAUAUAUCCACAUGAAUUCCAAA